AUGGACAAAAGUGCCAAAAGCCACAAGCUUUCAAGCCCGAAGCGGCGCCUGCUCAAGAAAACGAAGUUGGCUGAGAAGAAGGACAAGAAGGAGAAGAAGCAGAAGCCAGCCGUCUCGGAGACUGCGGUUGUGGCAAAGAGUGAGUGCAGUGAGACGCCGGCGACGCCGGUGAACCAGAUCCGCUCCAGUUCCUCGCCGACGACAUCGCAGAAGGAGCAUAUCGCGGCCCUCAUGGAAGUGAAGAAAGCAGCCGCAGCCGAAGGCCUCACUGUGGAGCAGUACCUGGCCAGGGAGUCGGCGGAGAACUUGGACGACAGGUUUGCUGCUGAGGCCGCGCAGAAGGCCGGUCUUCCGACACACGUUAGCGUCAGAUGUGCUCGUGUGCAGGACGAAGAUGGCUCCGACGAGGAGUCCUCAGCCGCGGCUUCUCAGGAGGAGUCGGCCGAAGGCUCGGAGGAGCCUCCGGAGUCUUCCGUCCCGCCUUCCGAAAGCGGAGAUGGACACUGCAGCGAGGCUGCAGAGGACGACAGCGAGGAUGACGCAUCCUUGGAGACGAGCGCCGAGUCCGACUUGUCCUCGUCGGAGGAGAAGCCGGCCAAGAAGCAGAAGACCGAGAAGCCGGAGAAGCACCCGAAGACCGAGAAGCCAGAGAAGCACGAAAAGAAGAACGAGAAGCCCAGCAAGGAGACGAAGGACAGCCGCCAGAAGCCCGAGAAGACCGAGAAGCCCGAGAAGACCGAGAAGCCGGAGAGACCCAGUGCCCUGUCGAGCCGCCACAAAGACAAGAAAGAGAAGAAGGAGAAGAAGGACAAGAGGGUGUCCGUCAACGAGACAGCGAUCGUGGCUGCCGAGAAGCUGACGCCCAGCUCUGCGGAUGCGAUCGGCAAGGCCAUGGCUUGUGCCGGGGAGACGACAGUGCAGGGUGCUGCUGACUUCUCAGCUGCCAACAGUACGACACAUAAGAAUCAGUGGGACCAAUUCAGCAGACAAUGUUUGGAUAAGCGCAAGAAGGCAAAGACCCUCAUCGACAGAUUGCUGAAGAAGAAGAUGUACGAGGAAGACGAAGACUUUCCCGGGGAUGAGGACGAGGACUUCUUUUAUGUGAGCGGCGGUUCGAAGGUGAGGCGCGAGGCGAGGACCUCCGAGUCUCUGGGCUUGAAGGUGAAGGACAGUGCCCCCGAUCGUGGCCUGGUGGACGCCUUGACCGCCGACGGCGGCAUGCUGUCAUCCGGGGCCCUUCCGAGCAUUGAGGGCAUGAAUGAGGAGGGAUCAAAGAACCUCCUCAACGCCAUGGUCAAGGAGGGUGUGGUCAAGCCGAAGCCGGUGAAGGCCAAGCCGGAGGAGGAUGCGGAGAAGGUGGCUCCUAAGGAGCCAUGGGAGCUCUGCCAGGAGCGCAUGGAUCAGAUCCUGAACGAGAGUGGUGCUUCGAGGAAGUACGCGAUAAGCUUGGCCCACAUCGAAUACAGCGGGGACCUGGCUUCCGACUUGCAGAAGCAUUCCACGAAAUUGGAAGGCAUCUACUCCAAAACUCCAAGGCCUCAAAAAGGCCAAGGUGCAGAAAAACUCCAAGUACACCAAGUUCUACGAAAUCAUCGAUGCGAUGCACGCAUGGUAUGA